UUUAGGUGUCUAAGUACAUAGAACCAGGCAUGCUUGGAGCUGACACCCAUUUGCCUUACGCAUGGUUUCAAGUCGGCACUUUAUCAGUUUUAUGUUACGUAUGAUUUAAAUAUUAUCGCAAUUACAUUUUUCACCAUCUGUACUUCGGUAGAAUCAUAUCUAUCAGUAAAUGCUACCAUAUCACGUAUCUAGUAGACACCAGUUUAAGGAGUGACCACAUUUUAAAAGGACAAAUAAGAAUAGUUAUAACACAGUGUAUGGACAUUAAUGAGUUGAUAGCAUAAGAGUGGCACACUUUAUCAGAUGAGAAAGAAUAGUCCAAUACAAUUAAUACAGUUCUCUUUAUGUCCUUCACAUGUACCACUUAGUUUGUAUAUAGAGAAGCAUGAAUAUAUGUGUAAAAUUAGCUCUCUCUUGAUACUAAGAAUCAAAAUAACAUGGAAAAUCAAUCAUCAGUAUUGAUUUAUGGCAGUGCAAUGAUAAAUUAAGGGAGAAAGAGUUAUAAUAAAUUACAUAGGAGAUAGAAAGAAUGAAUUAAGUGGGAGGGAGACUGAGAGUAGUGGAAGAGUGGGAGAUAGAGAGAGAUGAGCUGUUGAAAGAGCAAAAGAAAGAGCAAAAGAAAAGAAUUGAAGAAGGGAACCAUGUUCAUGUGUCAGCACAUGUGCUUUGCUUUUUUUAUUUUGCUAUAAUAUUUUGUGACUUGUGAGGCCUCUCCCUCUCUAAUUUGCUUUGUGUCCCCAAACCAAUGCCCCAUGUAGGCCAAUCCUUGUAUUAUUUGUUCUUAGAAACAGAAGAUAAUUUAUUUGAUUGAAGCUACUAUGUAGGUUAUAAUUGUACUGAUAAUAAAUAUAUAAACGGUAAAAAUACAUAUUUGUAUCAAAUAAAUUGUUAAUGAUAUAACGAAAAUUAUGUAAGAAUGUUCGAUAUAUAUCUGAGUUUUAAGUCCAAGCUUCGUUUCAGUUCAAUCUCUCCUCUUUUAUUGGUUGCAUUGUUUUGCAAUGGGUUAAUUUGAUGAAUGACCAUAUUGGGAAAAAUAUUAGAUCUGAAAUGGUUAGAAAAGUAGAGAGAGAUAGGAAGAGAAAGGAGAAGAUAGAAAUGGUUAGUUGGUCAAAUAUAGUUUUUUUGGUCCUAAGAUCAAAUUUAAUAAGAUUUUAUGGUACAGUAUAUAACUAUGUAUUCAUUUUUUUUUGGCAUCAACUAUGUAUUCUGUAAAUAUUUCUUUUUAUUACAUAUAAGUGUUACUUUGUUCUAAAUUUUUAGUGGCGCAAACGAUCUAUUGUCUUACUGUUUCAAUAUUGUUAUGUACGUCAGAUUCAUUUUUUUAUCGUUAGUCUUUACUCAAAACAACCCAAACAGUAGUGGUUGUCUUCUAACAAAGUAUUCUAGGAAUAUUCUCUUUUUUUUUGUCACAGUUCUAGGAAUAUUCUCUUAAAUUUUAUACAUAAGACCGAUCUUCAAAUUUCUACAACAAGCCCGGCAGCAACAACAACAACAUUGAACGAGAAGUUACAGAAAUUGAAAUAUCAUUCUAACCAAAACACUGCACGAGGAAUGGCUUAUAGGCAAAUUUGACCAUGAAUUUAAAGCUUUUUUUGUUUAGGAAAAUAUUUCGCUAACCAAUUAGUGGAAAAGUUCAGUAUCUACGAUAUUUGCUGAUCAUAUGACUAGUUUAGAAAGAGGUAUAAAUGUGCUGAUCGUAUGAAAUAUAAGUUUAAAAGGUAAAAGAAUAAUAUAUAAGUCAAGAUUGUGGGUAAUUUAACCAUAUAGAAAAUUGUUAUAUAUUGUUAUUUUUUGCAAGUAUACUCUUAUUCAGAUUCUACUUAUAAAACCCUUCUUUUGUUUCGAAAAGUUUACAUAUAUAAAUUUAUAAAUUUCGGUAUAACAAAAGUAAAAUAUGCUACAGUAAAAGAAAUAAUGUAGGGGUAGAGUGAUGUUUGUAACUUCUGAUUAAUGUAUAAAAUUGAAAGUGGCUUGCCUGUGAAUACAAACAUUUUCAUGCAAGUGUGCUUCCAUGUGCAUCUCCCCCUCGUUCUUAUAAUCCAUCCAAUUCUGCUUCACAUGUGCAUACUGCAUAUAUAUAUAUAUAUAUAUAUAUAUAUAUUAUUUUUUUUGAUAAAAGGAAAAAUGUCAGCUGCUCCCGGCGGACUGCGAACCCGCGACAUUCAGUUUCGUGUGUAUAUACAUGCACAUAUACAUGCACAUAAAUAAAACAAAUAAAAUGAGUAAAAUAUGCCAAGACUUAAACUACUAGUUACUCUUGACAGAAACUUAUGUUUUAAAACGAAAUAUUAACAUCCUACGUAAAACAAAUACGAAUCGAUGUUUUAGAAAUAUAAUGGGUUGAUAUGUAAUAAUAUGAAGCUUAUUUCCGAGUAUUAUGAAGAAAAUGGAAAUAAAAUUGCACAAUUUUCAAAACUGGAUUUAACUUAAUAAUAUCUUGAAACCAGCCAAAUGAUUGAGCAUUGAGAAUCGGAAUAUCUGACAAGACAAAAUCAAAUGUGACAGAGUCUUAGUUAAAGUAUAAUUAACAUACGCUUAAUGCUUCAUGACACCAAACUGUUUUUUCUUCGUUAUAGAGAAGCUAACAUCACUUUUAGUAAAGGAUAACUAUUAUUCUGUUAAUUUUUAUUGUUAUUGAAUAUUCUUAGGGUAGCUACCAGACCAAUUUUAAUAUAUGUUUUUAGUAGGAAAAAAUCUAGCGGGGUCUUUCAACUAAAAUGAUCAGAAGUAAAUCAAGAACAAGAAAAUAAAUUAAUUUAUGUGAUAAAACUAUUUCCAGCCCAUAACAUUGGGAGAAAAACAUACUGAAUCUUCCGUAACGAUUCGUACAUGUUUUCACUGACAUAUACACACAUCAUAAUACUGCAAGUCUGCAACCCUGAUCCAAAUUAUUCUUAACAACUUUCAAAUCACAAUUUUUUAUUCGGUUUCUCAAAAAAUCACAUUUGUAAUAUAUUGUGGGUAUUAAUCACUUGUUUUUUUUUGGGUCUAAAUGUUAAAUAUUAAUCACUUGUUUAUUUUAAGAUAAAUGUUUAUUGAUCUACAGUUUAUUUGUUCGUACCAAUUUAUUGUGAUAUCAACAUAUAUAUAUAUUAAAGUUAUACAAAUAUAAUAAAAAUCUAUAAAUUAAUAAUAAUUUUUUAAUUAAUUAUUAAUAAUAAUAAUUUUAAAGUUAUUCAAACACAAUAAUUUUUUAUAUAAAUUAAUAAUUUUAGGAUUAUAAUAGUUUAAAUUUCUAUAAUUAUUAAUUAAAAUAUUUUUAAAGAGCAUUAGACAUAUUUUAAUCGAUAAAAUUAUCAUAAACACACAGUUAACUUUAAUAGAGUAAUUUAUAAUCUGUAAUAAGUUAAAAUAGAAAAAUAUCAAUUUAUGUAUUUAUUAAUUUAUAAAAUUAUAUUAUAUAGUUAUUCCUCAACUGGCAAAUAAUUUAUGAGGAACCUCACAGCCAAUGGAAUAUAUAGAAAAGAGAAGAAAAUCAUCGAACUUUAGUAUAGUUCAACUUGUGACUAAUGAUCAUGCAUGUUACCACUGAUAAAAGGCAGUUUGUAUACGAUAGAUAUAUAAUAAGGUAGGGAGCAUAAGUAACGUGAACGCGGUUUUAUCUGUCGAGAACAUUUUACACUUUGCGAUCCUAAUGAUCCAAUUAUAUAUAUUAAACUAUAUAAUAGUUUUAAGUUAAACUAAAUUUAGAUUUUGAUCCGUAUUCUCAAAAGCAGUAAUAUUUUAUGCUGUAAGAGUUGAAGAAAAUGUAGCAAAUUUUUAUUAGAGAUGUUAAAAUAGCAAAAUUGCUUCAUUUAAACAUGUCUCAUCUAAAACACUUAUCUAUGCAAACUCCAAUCCCAUUUAGAUUCAUUUAAUUUUAAGAUUUAAUAUGGUUAUCUAUUUAGACCUGCAAGCUAAUUUAGAUAUGUUCAAACAGUUCUAUAAUAUUUAAAUAAUUUCAAAAUCACUUAAAAAAAUAUAUUUGAAAUGUUUCUUAUAAAAAUUAUUUUAAUUUUUGAAAAAUUAAUUUUUUUUUGGACAAAUUACUUUUAUAAUUUAUUUAUAAUAUGUUAAUGGCUCUUAAUAAAAUUAUCUAUUAAAAACCUGUUAAGCAAAAUGAAUCAAAAUAUGUUAUAGCUAUUUCAAUCUUUAUCCUAUUAAAACCCCAUUAAACUAAAUGAGUCAAAAUAUGUUAUUGCUAUUUCAAUCUUUAUCCUCUAAACCUGCUAGUAAGGUUUUAUAGAAUUUGAGUCAUGUUAUACACAAAUUCACGAUAGAAUAUUAAAAUAUAAUUAUAUAACAAAAUUCAGAUGCAUAUACGAUUGAAUAUUAAUAAUUUUUAGGCGUAUAAAAUAAAGAGUUAUAGAAAAAGUUAUUAGACAUUAAUAUCGGAUGAAAAUGUUAAGCAAAAAUCAUGGUAAUAUUAACAGCAUAAAUUUGGCCGAUGACAUUGAGUUUUGCUUUACUCUAAUUUUUGCCAGUAACAUUAAUUUUGGCAGAAUUAAUACGCGUCUUCCAUAAUUAUUAUACGAAAUCUAUAAAGUAAAAUGAUUGAUGUUUAUACUAAUCGACAAAUAAAAAAUCUAUCUAAAGUAACAUAAUCUAAAAGUAUAGAAGGAUAUAUUUGGUUGAUUGACAUGCAGAUUUGUUUGUUAGAAUCCUGCCAUAAAUAUGCUAAAUUUUAGAGUGUUUAUUUACUUAUAAUUAAUCUUUAGGCUUAAAAUUAAUAUGGUAGACAAAAUUAUUAUAGUGUAUAAUUUUUUAAAAAAUAUUUUAUCUAGAAUCAAGCUGGGUCCAAAGUUGUGUUUUAUUUUAAUAGUAUAGACUAGCUUAAAAAUUUACAUAAUGUAUUUUAAUUAAAUUAAAAGUUACAUAAUUUAUUUUAAUUUUACGUAAUUUAUAUUUGUGUAAAUCAUCCAUUUGAAUAAUUUUUGUAGGUAAGUUAUUUUAUAUAUUUUGAAAAUUUUAAACAUAUUAUAUAAAAUAUAGUUAUAAUUAUGUUAGAUUUUGACCCGUAUCAUAAUGCAAUAUUAUUAUUUUAAAAUAAUUUUGUUACAGUUUCUAAUGUUUGUUACAAUUUUUGUUUACAUAUAGAAAUCACAUGAGUAUCCAUUUUGUUCUAACCGGUAAUGUUGAUCUCUUUUAAAAUUUUAGUAUAUAAUAAAAUUAUAUUUAGAGUAGUUAGGUAAUUAAAAAUUUAGUAUGUAAUAAAAUUAUAAGAUUUAUGUAUUGUUUUUUCUUAUAAAAUUUGAUGAUGCUAUUCGAGAUAUAAAAUAUAGUUAUAAUUAUGUUAGAUUUUGACCCAUAUCAUAAUGUAAUAUUAUUAUUUUAAAAUAAUUUUAAAAUAAGCUUGUUACAGUUUCUAUGUUUGUUACAAUUUUUGUUUACAUAUAGAAAUCACAUGGGUAUUCAUUUUGUUCUAACCGGUAAUGUUGAUCUCUUUUAAAAUUUUAGUAUUUAAUAAAAUUAUAUUUAUAGUAGUUAGGUAAUUAAAAAAUUAAGAUUUAUGUAUUGUUUUUUCUUAUAAAAUUUGAUGAUGCUAAUCGAGAUAUAAUUAUAGUUAUAAUUAUGUUUGAUUUUAACCUGUAUCAUAAUGCAAUAUUAUUAUUUUAAAAUAAUUUUAAAAUAAACUUGUUACAGUUUCUAUGUUUGUUACAACUUUUGUUUACAUAUAGAAAUCACAUAAGUAUCCAUUUUGUUCUAAUCGUUAUGAUAUCUUUUAAAAUUUUAGUAUGUAAUAAAAUUAUAAUAUUUAUGUAAUGUUUUUUAUUAUAAAAGUUUAUGAUGCUAAUCGAGAUAUAAGGUGUAAUAAAAAAUUCUAAUGUUUCAGUCACUAAUUUUACUUCUAAUGAAAUAUGUUUUGAAUAGGUCCAAAAAGUGUAACCAUUAUAAGCAUAAUAGUGUAUUGAUUAGUAUCAUAAUCAUUUAAUUUUGUAUUGUUAUUCUAUUAAUAGAUAACCGAUGGUAUGUUUAAUAUAAAAUUUGUUUAGUUAUAUUAGCCAACGUUGGUUUAGUUUAAAUAGUUAGGUUGCAUUUUUUACUGUAACAUAUAUGAAAAAAUCUAAAAUUUAAAUGAUAACUUUAAACAAUAGAUAAAAAUAUGACCUUAAAAUUAAUAGAUUAGAUUCUUGAACUCAUUAUUUCUAUAAAUAUUCAGUUUAUAAAUGCAUCUACUCGGAGGAAAUAUGGAAAAAUCUAACUCAUAAGCUGUUGAGUCCUCAGUUUACCAGUGAGUGAGAUGAAAUUAUUGGCUGUGUCACAAAUCGAAAUAAAGGAAAAGUGUAACAUUUCCUUCUGAGAUACGCUUUUCAGGUUUUCUUAUUUGCUAUAUGCUCUAAAAGAAACCAAAGAAGAAAUGGGGAAGACUCUCAUUCCUUGACCAAGUUGAUUGACAAACAUGCCAGGAACCGGCUGCACUUAGGGGCAUUGUCUUUUUUUCUUUGAAUGAAUGCUAAAUUUAUUCAUCAAAAAACUUUUUUACAUCAAGUGGUUCUUUGUUUAAAUAACUUCUACUCCUAUUCUUUUACCUUUCCCUUUACAACUUUCCACUUCCCACUUAGGGCAUUGUCGUAUGUGAAGGCGAUGAAAACAUUGUGCAGAUGGUUUGAAGCUCACUCCCACCAGUUGUGAUCUACGGUUUAGGGCUCUUGCGGAGGCACUAUAAAUUUUUUCAUAAAUGCCCUAAUUUGUUGUUUUUUUCAAUAAGGCUCAGUUAAGAUAUUCCUUAUAGAUGUACAUAAACUCUUAUUUCCAAGAUGAUCAAUAAAUUUAACAUUUCAUCAAAAAAAAAAGAAAACAUGGUUCUCGUACUGAUGAGCUUUCAUAUGUAAUUAUGAUUUUUCAACAAAAACCACAAAAUACAAAUAACACGAUGUAAAAACAUUUUUUGGUUUGAUAAUUCAUUAAAGAAAAAAAUAUUAGAAGAAAAAAACCAAUAUUCCAGUGGUUUUUAAAACUAAAAACAAUAAAAUUUGCUGAAAUUCACAUCUUAAGGCCGUAAAUAGGCCCAUAUUUGGGCCGUAACGGGCCCAAGAAUCCCAAUAUCGAACGAUUUCGUAAUAAUUUCGUCGGGUUACAAUUUUAUUCUUCAUCCUUCUCGCCGUCGACCAGCCUCGGACGCCGCCGCAUUCGCCGUCGAACAACCGCCGACGCCGCCUCGUCUCAGUCCAACCUUCGUGAGCAGAUGGCAUGGCUUGUGGCUACUCUUUCACUGAUUGUUAUCUGGGUAGCUUCUAUAUUCAAAGUUUUCUUUGGAGCAACGUCUAGCUCCAAAGCUGCAGUUCUUGAUGAUGGUAACAAGAAGAAUGUGUUGUUUGUCAUCGCACAUCCUGAUGAUGAGUCAAUGUUCUUUUCUCCAACAAUAAACUACUUAGCUUCCAAUGGCUACAACCUUCACAUGUUAUGCUUCUCCACUGGAAACGCUGAUGGCACGGGGAGCAUUAGGAAAGAUGAGCUGCAUCAGGCUUGUGCUGUGCUCAGGGUUCCUCUUCAACAGUUAAAAGUUCUGGACCAUCCAGAUUUACAGGAUGGUUUUGGGCAAGUAUGGAGCCAUGAUUUGUUAGCAAAGGUCAUCGGUGAAGAAGUCAGUAAUCACGAUAUUCACACGAUCGUAACAUUUGAUAACUAUGGUGUUUCUGGUCAUUGCAAUCACCGUGAUGUGCACCAUGGAGUAUUAAAGUUCUUGCAGACUAAUUCCGAAAGAAAUAUCAAAGCUUGGGAACUCGCAAGUCUUAAUAUCUUUCGCAAGUACUCUGGACCUAUCGACAUUUGGCUGUCGAUUUUCUCCUCCAAAAGAAAUCCGAGCAAGGCCAUCAUCAUAAACGAGCAGCCUUGGAAAAGCUAUAAAGCAAUGGCACAACAUUUAAGCCAAUGGGUUUGGUUCCGGAAGCUUUUUGUUUCUUUUUCAAGCUAUACAUACGCAAAUACACUUGAUAGGAUCAACCCUUAACCGGUUAACACUUGAUGACUCCCGUAUUCAUACAGCUCUUGUCGAGGCAAAGGCGAAACGAGUUUUGAACAAAAGAUGUAGCUUGUAAUGUUGCUUUGCCUUCUUUUUUUUUGCAUCAAUAUUAUAAAGGGAGAAAAUUACAUUUCUGAAAAUUACUCUCGUAUGUAAACACAACCACAACCUUAUUUUUCUUUCCUUUAGAAUUUUAAACAAUGUACAUAUAUA